AGCGUGAUGUUGUUAGUAGUCAGCCUCUCUGAGGUGAUCAGACAGACACACACACACACACAGACAGGCACUGCUACCGACGGGCUCCCUCCACCCUCCCCCUGCAGCCAUGAAGAGCGAGAUCAAGAGCAAGGCGUUCUGGAGGGCCGUGCUGGCCGAGCUGCUGGGCAUGACCCUCUUCAUCUUCCUCAGCAUCACCGCCGCCAUCGGCAACGAGCAUCUGGACGAGGUGAAGACGUCGCUGGCCUUCGGCCUGGCCAUCGCCACGCUGGCCCAGAGCCUGGGCCACAUCAGCGGCGCCCACUUGAACCCGGCUGUCACCCUGGGCAUGCUGGCCAGCUGCCAGAUCAGCGUGCUGCGCGCCGUCAUGUACAUUGUGGCACAGAUGCUGGGAGCCACUGUGGCCAGCGGGAUCAUCUACGGAGUGAGGCCCGCGGGCAACGACAAGCUGGGACUCAAUGGCCUCGCUGAUGAUGUGUCCCCAAGUCAAGGUAUUGGCAUCGAACUGCUGGCCACCUUCCAGCUCGUCCUGUGUGUCAUAGCAACCACAGAUAAAAGGCGGAGGGAUGUGACAGGUUCCGCCCCCUUGGCCAUUGGUCUCUCCGUUGCUCUGGGCCACUUGACAGCCAUAAGCUUCACUGGGUGUGGCAUCAACCCUGCACGCUCCUUUGGGCCUGCUGUCAUUCUGGGCAAGUUCACCAACCACUGGGUGUACUGGGUCGGGCCCAUGUGUGGAGGCGUGGCUGCUGCUCUUGUGUAUGACUUCCUGCUCUAUCCUAAAAUGGAUGACUUCCCUGAACGCAUGAAGGUGCUCGUCAGCGGACCCGCCAGAGAAUACGAUGUCAAUGGAGCAGAAGACACCACGGGUGUCGAGAUGUCGUCAAAGUGAAAGCUUGCCAACCCCUCCAUUUAGUGUACAGUCUGUCCAAGUGACCGUCCUUACAUGUGAAGAUUAUUUUUAUGUCUGGAAAAUGUCUACUUUUAUAAAAACCCAUCUGAAAAAUAAUUCUGUUUA